AUGACGGUCUCUGCCAAUGGACUCAAGGUUUUACCGAGCGCUGCUGCCCGGCAGGAGAGGAGGCAGCGGGAGCGCCGGGGUGAGGCCGGGGAGGAACCGCUCCGAGCAUCCCUGAGCUCCGGGACCCCAUUCCUGUACCGGGUCCCCCAUUCCCGCACCGGGCCCCCCAUUCCCGCACCGAGCAUCCCUGAGCUCCGGGCCCCCCAUUCCCGACCGGGCCCCCCAUUUCCGCACCGGGGCUCCCCUCGAUGCGGUGCCCGCCGCCUGGAGCCCCUCUCAGCCCCCCGAGCCCUCAGCCCUAAGCCGCUGUCCCAGCCCGCGGGUCCCGCUCCAUCCCCGUCCCCUCACGCCCCUGAGGGUGGGGCUCGGCGCUGCCCCCUCCCUCCAUCCCUCCCUCCCUCCUCCCUCCCAGGGAAAAGUGUCAGUGCGCGCCGCGGCCGCGGCCCCUCAGAAAGGCGGGGAAAGCGGCGGAGGGCGCUCGGGGCCAGCGCAGCCGGCCGGCGGCCGUGGGGACGCGCCAGCCGCGCCGCUUCCCGCACCUUCCCGUCCCUUUACUCACCCGCUUCUCAAGUUUUGCGCAGGGAGCGUCAGCGGUGCCGGCCGGGGCACUCACCAUGGGCGCUGCCGGUGCCCGCCGGGGUUAGCGCGGGGCGGAGCGCGCGGAGAGAGAGAGCGGCGCGCGGAGAGAGAGAGCGGCGCGCGGAGAGAGAGAGCGGCGCGCGGAGGACGCUGAGCGCGCGGAGCGGCGCGGAGGAGCGCGCGGAGGGCGCUGAGGGAGCGGAGGAGCGCGCGGAGGGCGCUGAGGGCGCGGAGCGGGUCCGCGCUCGGAGCGAUGGCGCGGGCGGCGGGCGCGGAGAGCUAACGGAGGAGGAGCCCCCGGAGCCCCGGGCCCGGGCGGGACGUGCCCCGGAGCCCCUCGGCAGCCCCUCGGCAUGGCGCGGGCGGCCGGGCUGCUGCUCGGAGCGCUGCUCUGCGGAGACUUGGUCUAACUCACCUUUUCUUUUAUUAGUGACAGAGUGCCGAGGGGUCUUGGACAAUAAUCAGCGAUUUUCUUCACUGCCGACGUACCUCCCUGUGAGCUACCGGCUCUUCAACGCCGAGACAUCUUUCUUCCUCAAGGAAGCCAACCAGGACUUCAUGAGAAAUUCCAGUUUGCAGUCCAGGGUGGAGUCAUUCUUCCCAUACAAAGCCAAGAGACCGCCAGUGUUAAACGCCAGCUACGGCCCCUUCUCCGUGGAGCAAGCAGUGCCCCAGGACCUCAUGUUAACUUCCAGCUCCUUUGGAUCCGCCAACAAAUUCACUUACAACUGGAAGCUGAAGGCCUUCAUCAUGAGCACCAAGAUCUACCUGAGCAAGCCCAGGGUGCAGGUGCUGUUCUACAUCGUGGGCAGGGACUGGGACGAGUACAGCCCCGCGGAGCGGCUGCCCUGCCUGCGCGUGUUCGCCUUCCGCGAGACGCGCGAGGUGCGCGGCAGCUGCCGGCUCAAGGGGGACCUGGGGCUGUGCGUGGCACAGCUGGAGCUGCUGCCCAGCUGGUUCAGCCCCCCCAGCGUGCUCACGGGCCGCAAGAAGCCGGCGGAGCAGCCAGAAGGGAGCCCCGUGGAGCUUUACUACACGGUCCAGCCCGGGGACGAGAAGGGCGAGUGCACGGCCGAGGAUAUCCGCAAGGGCAACGCCAUCCGGCCAGGCAAGGAUGGCGUGGAUGAAAGCACGUCCCACCUGCAGAGGAUUGGCUCUGUCAGCCUCUACCGGGGCCAGGAGGCCUCCCAGCUCACGGAGCUGAGGCUGGACAGCAACGUCGUGGUGUGGCUGCCCUCCAAGCCGGUGAAACAAGGGGAGGUUGUGAAUGUCUACGUGACAAUUGCCAACAAUUCCACGGUGGAUCAGUUCAUCCUCAGGGCAAAGGUGAAGAAGGGUGUGAACAUUCUCGGUGCAAGGACAAGUGACCCCCGGCAGUGGGACGUGAAACAAGAGGUGGGCAAUGGUGGCAAGCACUCGACCACUACAGUUAUUUGUCAGAGGAUAGCCCCAAGUUCAAGGAACAGGAGCACCAGCCUGUUCCACGAGGUCGUGCAGCUGGACUUUGAGAUCGCCAGCUUCAGCAGCCUGUCGGGCACGCAGCCCAUCAGCUGGCAGGUGGAGUACCCCCACCACGGCUCCUCCGACACCGCCCUGGCCGAGAUCUUCAUCUGCCAGAAGGACCUGGUGGGAAUCGUGCCCCUGGCCAUGGACACGGAGAUCCUGAACACGGCCAUCCUGACGGGCAGGACGGUGGCAGUGCCCAUCAAGGUGGUGUCCAUCGAGGAGAACAGUGCUGUGACAGACAUCUCCGAGUCCGUGGAGUGCAAAUCCUCGGGGGAAGACGUCAUUAAAGUUUCUGACAGGUGUGACUAUGUUUUUGUCAACGGCAAGGAGAUGAAAGGCAAGGUGAAUGCUCUGGUGAACUUCACCUAUCAGUACCUGAGCGCUCCCCUGCAGAUGACGGUGUGGGUGCCACGCCUGCCCCUCCAGAUCGACAUUUCUGACACUGAGCUCAGCCAGAUCAAAGGCUGGAGGGUCCCCGUUGUUUCCAACAAAAGGCCCACCAGGGACAGCGAUGACGAGGACGAGGACGAGCGCAGGGGCAGGGGCUGCACCCUGCAGUACCAGCACGCCAUGGUCAGGGUGCUGACGCAGUUCGUGGCCGAGGACUCGGGCCCCUGGGGGCAGCUCAGCUUCCUGCUGGGCUCCGACUGGCACUUCGACAUCACAGACCUGGUCAGGGACUUCAUGAAGCUGGAGGAUCCUCACAUUGCCAAGCUGCAGGAGGGCAGGAUCCUGGUGGGCCGGGAAGUGGGGAUGACCACCAUGCAGGUUUUGUCUCCUCUGUCUGACUCCAUCCUGGCAGAGAAGACAGUGACUGUGCUGGAUGACAAAGUGACCAUCACAGACCUGGGGGUGCAGCUGGUGUCUGGGCUUUCUCUCUUCCUGCAGCCCAGUGCAGCCACCAGCAGGGCCAUUGUGGCCACAGCCGUCGCCCAAGAGCUGCUGCACACUCCUAAGCAGGAAGCUGUGGUAAGCACCUGGAUCCAGUUCAGUGACAGCUCUGUUACUCCACUGGACAUUUACGACCCCAAGGACUUCUCCCUGUCGGCCGUGUCGCUGGACGAGGCCGUGGUCUCCGUCCGCCACAGCCCUGCCCUGAAGUGGCCCGUUGUGGCAGCGGAGGGCGAGGGCCAGGGAGCGCUGAUCAAGGUGGACAUGAUGAUCUCUGAGGCCUGCCAGAAGUCCAAGAGGAAAAGCGUGCUGGCCGUGGGGAGCGGCAGCAUCAAGGUGAAGUUCGGGCAGAACGACGCGGACGCGGACGCGGGCGGCGAUUACGACGCGGACGAGAUCGAGAACCACGCGAGCGACCGGCGCCACAAGGGCUCGGAGCAGGAGCGCCACGGGCAGGACGGGCGCUACUACGGGAGCUCCUCGGCAGAGAGGGACGAAGGGCCCCUCAGGAAGGUCAGCACCACGGCAAAGUCCAUCCUCAAAAAUAAAGUCGUCAAAAACAACCGGCUGGACGGCGGCAAGCUCUCGGACGACAGCCAGCUGCAGAACAUCCCCAUUGACUUCACCAACUUCCCCGCCCAGGUGGACCUGCCCAAAGGCGGUGCUGGCAUGGAGGACAACGACCUGGUGCAGACACCCCGGGGCCUCAGCGACCUGGAGAUCGGGAUGUACGCUCUGCUGGGCGUCUUCUGCCUCGCCAUCCUGGUGUUCCUCAUCAACUGUGCAACAUUUGCACUCAAGUACCGCCACAAGCAGGUCCUGGUGGAAGGACAGACCACCAUGACGCACUCCCACGACUGGGUGUGGCUGGGCAACGAGGCAGAACUGCUGGAGAACGCGGCAGACGCGUCGCCUCAGCAGGACGAGCACACCACCAUCAUCGACCGGGGCUCGGCGAGCGAGGAGAGCAACCAGCUGCUGAACGGCAGCGCCCAGAAGAACACUCAGAGCCAGCUCCACAGGGCCGCAGACCCGGGGGGGAGGCUGGGCAAGGAGCACAAGGUGGAGCCUUUGCACUCGCCCACGUCCAAGAGGAAGCGGGUGAAGUUCACCACGUUCACCACCAUCCCGCCCGACGACGGCCGCCCCACCGUCAACUCCAUCCUCAGCAGUGACGAUGACAUUAAGUGGGUGUGCCAGGACAUGGAGCUGGGGGACUCCAAAGAGAUACGAAACUACGUGGGGAAGUUCAAAGACAAAGCGUAG